GUUCCCCGUGUGUGUGUGAGGUGAUGACGGGUUUGCGAUGAGCGGUCGUCGGGUCUCUGUGUGCUGCUGGGACGCCGCUCGCCGGUUGAGGUGCCCCGCGGGCACCGGCUUUCCUGUGCUCCACGUUCUCCUCUCGGCGUGCCAUGAGUCUGCAGCGAUGUCUCAAGCCAUGAAGGAGUACAGAUUGAAAAAGAUCGAGACGCUGGGCAAGAUGACGGUCAUGUCGCAGGAGGACAUAGUGAGCAACACCAAGACGGUCAUCCAGGGGCUGGAGGCCCUGCGUAAUGAGCACAACACGAUCCUGACGGGUCUACGCAGCUCGGUGCAGGCAGUGCAGCAGUCCCAGCAGGACAACAAGGCCAGCCUGGUGGCCGAGGAGAAAGCCCAGCUCGUGCAGAAGAGCCUUGAGGCACUCGAGCUGGGGCUUGGUGAGGCGCAGGUCAUGGUUGCCCUAGCAUCACAUCUCCAGGCGGUGGAAGCGGAGAAGCAGAAGCUGCGUGCCCAGGUGCGCCGCCUGUGCCAAGAGAAUGCGUGGCUGCGUGACGAGCUGGCCAACACGCAGCAGAAGCUGCAGGCCUCGGAGCAGGCGGUGGCCCAGCUCGAGGAGGACAACAAGCAGCUGCAGUUUGUCAACUCGCUCAAGAAGUACGAUGACCUGUCCGCCUCCACCACCUCUGUGGCCUCCUCCUCGGCCGCCCAGGGUGAUGACUCGCAAAAGUCUCAGGGUGAGAAACGCGAGGGUGAUCCGCCCCUCGACCUGGGCUUCCCAGAUGAUGAGGAGAACAACCAGGAUGCCUUGUCCCCGCCGGGCGGAGGGGUCGGCAUGGGCCCCAUGGGGACCUCGGGGGGAGGAGGCUCGGCGGGCUACGAGAUCCCUGCUCGGCUGAGGACGCUGCACAACCUGGUGAUCCAGUAUGCAUCGCAGGGCCGCUAUGAAGUGGCCGUGCCCUUGUGCAAGCAAGCCCUCGAGGAUCUGGAAAAGACCAGUGGACACGACCAUCCAGAUGUGGCCACCAUGCUCAACAUCCUGGCACUUGUCUACAGGGACCAGAACAAGUACAAGGAGGCGGCUGCCCUGCUGAAUGACGCGCUAGCCAUCCGGGAAAAAACUCUGGGCGAGAGCCACCCGGCUGUGGCAGCCACCCUCAACAACCUGGCCGUGCUGUACGGCAAGCGGGGAAAGUACCGCGAUGCCGAGCCCCUCUGCAAGCGGGCCCUGGACAUCCGCGAGCGAGUGCUGGGCCGAGACCACCCUGAUGUCGCCAAGCAGCUCAACAACCUGGCCCUGCUCUGUCAGAACCAGGGAAAGUACGAGGAGGUAGAGCGCUACUACCAGCGAGCUUUGGACAUCUACGAGCGAACACUGGGUCCCGAUGACCCGAAUGUGGCCAAAACCAAAAACAACCUGGCAUCGGCCUAUCUCAAGCAGGGGAAAUAUAAAGAGGCUGAGCUGCUGUACAAGCAGGUGCUGACGCGGGCGCACGAACGGGAGUUUGGCUGUGUGUCUGGUGACAAUAAGCCCAUCUGGCAACUUGCCGAAGAACGCGAGGAGAACAAGAGUCAACGCCGGGACAACGCCCCCUACGGCGAGUAUGGCGGAUGGCACAAGGCAGCCAAGGUUGACAGCCCCACUGUGGCUACCACACUGAAGAACCUGGGUGCCCUAUAUCGACGACAGGGCAAGUACGAGGCAGCCGAGACACUGGAGGACUGUGCUCUUAGGGCGCGCAAGGAGGCUCUGGAACAGCGGCAGGGCCGCUCAAUACCCUACUUGGACUUCUCGACGCACAAGGACAAGAGCAGAGGCAGUGGCAAGUCCGGGUCGCGGAGGGGUUCGCGCGAGUCCCUCGACAGUGUCAACUACGAUGGCCAGCCGCAGGACGAGAACGGCCGAUUGAAGCGGAGCAGCUCGCUGGGCAAGCUGCGGGCUUCCAUCCGCCGCGGCAGUGCAAAGCUGGUGCAGAGGCUCAGGGGCAGCGACUUUGCCCACGAAGAUGAUCUCGCCGCUCGAAUGAAGCGCGCCAGUUCCAUGUGCGCCCUUAGUACAGACCCUCAGGCCAAGAGCAACUUGAUUAACAUGCGCCCACGCACUGCAAGCUCAGACCAGCUUCGCUCCACUAGCAAGAGGGAUCUCUAGCAAGCUACAAAGUACCAGUCAUUGCCCGGUGCAGCCUUCACUAUUUAAUGACUGUUGGGGAACGAGGUGGCAGUUUCUUCAGCAACGCACAUCACUGGAUGAGCAGCUUGUGAAGCUUGCAUCUUUGGAACACAUCUAGCCGCGAGAAUGGACGAUGCACCCUUCGCGGACGCAGCCCAUCAGUGUACUUGUGGUGCGGACGGAUGAACGCUAUUUCAGAUUGUUCUUGCGUGUGAUUUACGGGCACGACAGCUAGGCUUCUUAGUGGCAUUGCUUUAGGCUGGGUGGUUGCAGUGCAUGAAAAGAAAGGAGCAGCCCUUUCAUGUUGGCUAUUCAAAGUUGAAGUGCUGGGGUAUGAUUCGGCAGCUUGGUCGGCUCACGUAUUCUAUUCCUUACUCUUUCUGUAUUGUAAGGACAGGCCAUUGCGAGAUGUCUGGAUAGCAGCAUCCACUGUCGCACGAAUAGCAUACUAAAUUUCACUUUGAAGACUUCUGUCUACAGAUAAUUUUAGGAUGUUUUCGUGCUUUGUUCAUAAAACCUUGAGACAUCUUAGAUGUGCUCACUGUAAAUUACUACUGCUAUUUUGUGUAUGUGCACCGGAUAUUGGCCUGCCCCUUUAACUGUUCUUGCGAAUAGUUUUUUCUGAAUUAUGACAAAAUUUAGAUAUUUGUUACAUUUUUAUUGUAGAGCGAAAAGAGCCAAGUAUGCUUGGAUUCCUGCUGGGAAAGGACAUUACUGCUUCGACCAAGUGGUCUAAUUUCAAGAUCGUCACAAAUUGUACUUACUUUUACCCUGAUUUGUUGAUAAACGUAAAGAAUGUAGACCAUUAUAUGGCAAGCUUAGAUUGUUACAUUAGGCUUGCUGCACUCUGAACAACCUUGACCGUCUUUGGGAGUGCUUUGGGGAACAGCAAAGCUAUCAUUUUGUGCCACUGAAAUUUGCUUCUACUUGCAUACAUUAGAAUAGUGGUAGGUGCCAGGUUGACAAUUAGAUUGUAUUCUGGCUACUUCGCUUUCCACGUCUUGUAAAAUUUUUCAAGUCAGUGUGGGCCUUUGAAGUGUGUUGAAAGCUUCUGCACUAUAAAGGCACAAGCAUUCAAGAUCAACUCACAGUCGAAUCUAUGGCAACGUGUGUCGCGGGAUUUUCACAUUUCGCAAAUUGCUUCCUGAACUAUUCUGUUCAUUGUUGCUUGCUUGUGAAUUUCUUAAAGUUAGCCAGCGAAGUGAUUGCAUGCCAGUGUUAGUACUAUCAUGUUUUCUAAAUCACUCAAGGUAAGCUCUCUGCCACUUGCUUAUGAAUUUUGUGAAA